AUGAACAAAGGCACCAACGAUGAGGCGUGUCGCAAGUUGGCAAAGGAAUACCUUGCCUGCCGAAUGGACAAGAACCUCAUGGCGCCGGAUAAUUUUGAGAACCUCGGCAUCGAAAUUCGCAAAAAUCAUACCAAUCUCAACCAUGGCGAUAUGUUGGCUCUCCUCGCCCUUUGCGGUUCCCCGCAUGUGAAACCGUUUCCGCCCAGCCACUCUUACAAUCUCCAACUCCUCCACGGAGCCCCCAGCGACCAAAUGUCAUCGAUCGCCCGGCCACCAGACCCGUGCCUCGUGGCAAUCAUCCUAAUUGUGCGCUCUCGCACCGGCCCCCGCCUCGUCUUCCACUACCCCCCGAACCCGCUCAGCGAAAGCCGCAUUAAAACCACCACCACCAGGGGCGGCCGGCGCGUCUCGCGCACCCGCACCCGAUCAAAGAAUACCGAUUCGAGUUCGAGCUCUGAGAGCGACUCUAGCACCGACGAAGACGAGGAUGAACGGGAAACUCAGAGCCAUGCUGGUGGGAGUUCCGUGCUGGCGGGUCGCCGCGCUAGCAACUUCGGCCUCGAUGAUCAUCUCCCCGCCGCUUCAUCGCCUGCUGCUGGUGAGUCCCAACGCCCUGGGUCGCUAGGCUCUGGGCGCGGCUCAUCGGCUCGGAAACGGGCCCCGGGCACCGAUCCUGAUCCUGACGACGAUGCGGGAACAGCGUCUGAUCGGCCUGAUGAUGGUCCUGGGAGCUCUAGACCGCCAUGGGAGUCGCUUUUGGGUGUGCCUGGGAGUGUGUGGGAGAAAUUGCUUAGCCCAUCUAGGUCGUGGCAUAAGCGGCGUUUUGAGGUUGGGAUCAAUGAUUUAGCGCUUAUUGGUUGGCCGGUCUUUGUGCGCGAGGAUGGCUCAUGGCGCAAGCAACGACGCAAGAAGCAGAAGAAGCCUCGUGCUGAAUGGGACGGUGGGGAGUUAGGCCACAAUGAUAGUGCCGAGGAGGGCAAGAAGGACGAGCAAUUCGUUACUUCGCCUGAUCUGGGUGCCAGUGUCGCUUCUAUUGCGGAGUCGCUGACAUCGCCAACAGACAGCAAGCGUGGGUCGACCAGCGGACGGCCUGGGAAAUCUGAUGAGCCGCUUGAUCUUGACCCGGAGGACAACGACCAUAUGACAAUGUUCAAUGUUGUCUUUGUCGUGGAUCCUCCCUUACUGGAGUACUCCAUGCGUGUCAAGGAAAUCUACGAGAACAUCAUCAAGAAAUUCGCCAAGGCUCUUAAAUGGGAGCAGGCUCGCACCGAUUAUGUGUGGAAGGAGUCUCAACAUAUUUUACAAGUGAGGAGGAGAGCACGAGAGACAAAAACAUCAACCCAUAAUCUUUACUCCGAAUUGAUAUCCCAGUCUUCUCUAGCUCGAGCUAUCUACACAGUUUAUAGCAGCAUAUCGGCGUCCAAAAUCGCAUCCGUAUCGCUCAGCCCGGAUGUUUCCAUCUCGCUUCAGAUUCCACCUUUGACCUCUACAUCAUACCUUACUGGUCCUAUGGAUAAAGCAUACCCAGGCCUGUGGCUCACGACAGCAGACAGUGCAACCCCUGCCGACGAUCCAAGUGCAGAUGAAAUCAACACGCCACAUCAGGUCUUGGCAAAGCACUUUGCUCUACUUCUGCUAGACAGCGAAGCCGCCAUUGUCAAGGACAUUGAAGCGUCUGGUGGAACGCUUGCCCCUGCACUUGCGCAUUAUAUCCGAUGCUCCAAGCCAACCAAGUCAUUUGCGCAGAUUUCAGUAUCAUCAGGAAUCCCACUAUCCCAUAUCCAGAUGUUGUCGAGUCAUCUUGUAUACUGGCGUCGUGCUCGCGCCAUCCCUCCCAUCCACCAACGAGACACAUACAUCGUCUCUCCAAACUGUGACUUGAGCAAGCUUGAAAUAGCUACAAUCGCUUAUCAGACAGCAUUCCCAACAUACCCCAGUUUACCAAAAAUGCUUUCCACCCUCAGUGGCACCCCUCGCCCGUAUAGCAACUUCAUCCCCAGCAAAGACCACAAGGAGAUAUACUUUACUAUCUUGGCUUGGCUAUUACGUGGCGGCUGGGUCACCCAGCUCCGCACUUUCGCGCGCAUCAAAGUCUCGCCCGAGGUCAAAAUGGCCGUGGAGAUGGCACUGCGCAAGGAGGAAGUCGAACGAUACCUAUCUAAGGGCAACUCAAACUCGAUCUCGGUCGAUGAGGACAGCGACUCCGACGAUGAAAACGACGAUGCGAACUCCUCCUCGUCCUCUUCCCUCAACAGCCACGGCAGCGGAGAUGAAACACCCACGCCCAGUCGACUCGACGCACAUGCCCAACUGCGCUCUUCCCACAAACUCCUCGAUCAAUCAACAGCUCUCCGGCUGUCCUCUUUAAUCCUUUCCCCGCACCGCGCAUCCCCACUCGAGUCCCGCUGGCUUGACGAAAUUUUCUCCCGAUUCCCUGAUAACCCGAGAAUCAUCCAGGAAGAUGAAAACGCCAGCCCGGAUAUCACGCCCAACGAUAGCCUGGCCCUGCACAAGAAGUACUGGCCUGUCUUCCUCAAGUACUUCAAUGGCUUCGAUGCCAUGGAGAAGAUAUGCGUGCGCGAGAAUCUCAAGCGCAAGCUCGUCUGGCAGGUCCUUAUGCGCCUGGGCGUGGUGACAGGUCCACUAGGCUCGAUGGAUCUUGAUGCUCGUGAACAGGUGUUGGUUAGUGUUCGGCAUUGGUAG